AGCACAUGAUCUUUUAUCUUUGUUCAAAUUGGUAUUUUCUCUAAUAAUUCAUCUGAAAAGGGGAUACAUAUGAGAUGGAAUCCGCCUUUAUUGUAGCUUAACCACAUUAAUUCAUCCCAAGUGCUUUAGUGUUAGUGAUGUCUAUGUUAACCUAUUUUAGUAGCAGUGAUGGAUUGUGAUAUUUUAAGUUGGGUUGCUUGAAAAUAAUAAUAAAAGUUGGGACGCGGCAAUAUGGUUCAUAUCGGCAUAUAGUCCCAUUAUCCUGACCGAACGAGUUGCUCGAUGGACCGCUGCCGCCUUCAUUACAUGAGAUUUGCGCGAGUGGCAGAUAUUCGUGCAUUGACUGUACGCGUUGUAGUCGUAUAGGUACGAGUUCUUCGCGACGUAGAGGGCGCUCCGUACAUUUCGUAGCGCACGUGGGGCAGGACCCACAACUUAGACGGGAGGCUGGCAGGUGGACCGGGGUACAGAGGUUGACUUGUAGCUGUACGAUGGUACAGAUUUUUUUUUGGACGCACUGCAUACAGAAUUCCACCUUUCCGAGGAAGACUGCAGGUGCUGAAGAGGGGGAGAGGAUGGAAGGGCUCGCCGCACCUACAACAAUGGAUGGCGCCGCUGCUGUGAUUUUCAUGUGGAUCCGGUGCCAUCUGCCAAUCUUCCCCAACGGAGUGCAGCAGUCGGGGUCGGAUCAGAAUGCAAGAAGCGAAGUGGGUAGCAGGCUUGUGGGAGGCGUUCCGGAGUCGUCCCUCGCGGUGGAUUUGCAAGGCGGCGAGUUGGAAGCGGAUGAUGCUAACAGCAAAAACAGGGCGCCCGCCGAGUCCGGUGAAUCUGCCAUCAAGCCGGAUCCCCAGGCGCCGGGGUGGAUUAAGAGCUAAACAACUACCAGAAUGUAACAAAUUCGCAGUUCGUAAUUCUGACUUGGGGGAGAGUAAGUGCUAGUGUGGAAUCCCUGACUGUUUUAGGAGCAGAUAGAACAGGUUGGAAAUCGGUACGGCGCAGUGUGUAUUAUGUAUGCCACUGAGCAUGAUGGGGGGUCGCAAAUGAAUUGUUCAUUCAUAUUUACAA